UAAAAAUAUCUGUCCCGAUGCUUUUGUUUGUUUUCUCAAAUGCGCACUGACGUCCUGUUCUCCGAUUGGUUUAACGUUGACUCGAAUUCCAUAAGCUCCACCUACUAUUUUAUAUAUAGUUGUGCAAUCAGAAUAAGUUUAUAGGAGAAAUUGGUGAAAUGGUUGUCGUUGUCAAACCGAGUUCUCAGCUGGUCUGUAAAACCAUGGAUGGAAACCAGCACAAAGUGGAAGCGAAUGUUUUGCUUCUUGGAGCAGAAAAUGUUGGGAAGUCAGCGCUCACCGUGCGUUUUCUCACCAGAAGAUUCAUCGGGGAGUACGGGGAUAUUGAAUCAAUAUACAGUCAUAUUGAAAAAACUGAUGGGCGAGAGAUAUCCUUAAAUAUUUGGGACUCUCUGUAUCCACAGAGCUGCGAAACGACCGAAUCCAUCAGUGACAAACAGCUUCAGUGGGCGGAUGGUGUGAUCCUCGUCUACAGCAUCUGUGAUCGCUCUAGCUUCGAAGUGGUUCAGCAACAGGUGCAGCUCAUCCGCCGGACCAGAAAGCUCUCCAUGUCUGCUCCGAUCAUAAUCGUGGGGAAUAAGCGUGACCUGCAGCAUCAAAGAGCCGUGUCUAGCGAGGAGGGCAGACUGUUCGCCCUCUCCGCAGACUGCGGCUUCUUCGAGAUCUCUGCAGCUGAAACAUACCACGGUGUGAUGCUGGUCUUUCAUGAAAUUCUGGACCUCAUCAAGGAGUCCAGAGCACUGAAAAAGGGAUUGGCCGGGAUCAAGGGCAUAGUCAGGAGCGUAUCUGCAGUUUUUGGGAAGAAACGGGAGUAGCGCUAAAUUAAUAAUGAUGGGAUUAGGCUGAUCAAAUCACUCGUGGUAUCCAAACAACUAGUUUAGAAGACAACUCGGACUGAUGGAGUCUGGGACCGAAGGGGGUCGCGUCCGUCUAAUUGUAAUAAACCUAAAUGGCUGAUGAGAAGAGAAAAAUAAUGUUGAUAACAGGUUAAAAGCUCAGGGACCAGCCUUAUAGUGAAGGAAAGUCCUAAAAAAAUUGUUUUAGCAAGGCAAUUAAGUGACUGCUGAAGAUAAGUCAUCCUGGGCCUUGAUACAAGUUGGCUAAAGAGUAUGUGCAUUUAAUAAAAAGAGAGGCGGUCCUUUGUGAUUUCUGAAAGAAUGAUCCUUCAGUACUGAACAGAGCUGAAUUCAAGAGAGCUUUGGCUCCUUAAAGGGACAGUUCACCCAAAAAUAAAAACUCUCUCUUCAUUUACUCACCCUCAUGCCAUCACAGAUGUGUUUGACUUUCUUAUGCAGAACACAGAUUUUUAGAAGAAAAUAUCUGCUCUGUCAAAACUUUGAAGCUCCAAAAAGCACAUAAAGGCAGCAUAAAAAAAAUCCAUAAGACUCCAGUGGUUUAAUCAGUCUUCUGAAGCGAUCUAGUUGGUUUUGGGUGAGAACAGACCAAAAUAUAACCCUUUUUUAGCGCCAUCUAGUACUCUGUGUAUGUGUCAAAAACUAGUAAGUGUAAUCAAGCUUGAAAUCAUGAUCUUUACAUGAUUAUUUUCAUUUUUGUGUGAACUAUCCCUUUAAAUAGCGGAAUGGACUGUGUCCCUGUUUAGUCCCCACUGACAUUGAGGCAUUUUUGAGGUGUAAAACUAAAUGUAAAAAAUGUAUAGAAAUUGUUUGUGUAUAUAUUGUAAUUUCUAGAACAUGUUUUCAAGUUUCUCUGAGGUUGGCUGUAGGUAACUGUAUGCCAACUGGUUAUUGUUAUCAGACUGGCCAGUAUUCUGAUGCUCUUGAAUAUUUACAAUACAAGAAGAUUGUUAUGAAUAUGCCUGGAUCUUUAACUUUUGUAUGAAAACAUGUUGUUCUUUGUUUUAAUGAGAUCUUGUGUAUAUUUGUUGAUUUUCAAUUAUACAUUUAUGUUUUCAAUAAAGGA